AAUACUUACCUACCUAGAUACUGUCUAGACAUUUCUAUUCUAUAUUGUACAUUUUUCACCGUGUAUUACUACCUACCAGCCUACCAACCUACCUACCUCUUAAACUUAAAGUACCUACCUACACAACACCAACAUGUCAACACAACAUCACCCCCAAGCCCGUCCCAACAUCCUCAAACACGCGGACCCCAACCCCAUCGCCUACGAAAAACAGGUCUUCCAACGCGGGCUCAAAUACCAACGGCCACCCUUCACUUUCAAACCCCUAGAAUGGGAGCGUUUAGCCGCGGAACGCAUGUCCGCUGACGCGAGGGGGUACGUGCUUGGGUGUGCGGGAACGGGGGAGACGGCGAGGCGGAAUAGAGAGGCUUUUUCACGGUGGGGGGUUGUGCCGAGGCGGUUGGGGCUGGGGGUUGGACUCGGUGAUAGUUCGGAUGGGGACGGGAAUAAGGAAGGGAAAGUGAAAGGGGAUGGGGAUGGAGAGAAGAACGUCUUCCCUAACCUGAACACCAAAGUCCUAGGCCGCAACCUCACGUGUCCGAUCGCGUGCGCGCCGGUCGGGGUCCAGAAGAUCAUGAACCCGGACGGGGAAGUCGCUGCUGCGCGGGCGGCGGCGAGGGAGGGGGUGCCGUUUAUUAUGAGUACGGCUAGUAGCACCAGUAUCGAGGAAGUGGCGAAGGCUAGUGAUUCGGGGGCGGAGGAGGCGGGGGGAGAGGCGGAGAGGUGGUUUCAGCUGUAUUGGCCGGCGAGGGAACAUGACGAUAUUACGGCUUCGAUGUUACGGAGGGCGAGGAGGUGUGGGUUUGCGGUGUUGGUUGUUACGCUUGAUACGUUUAUUCUGGGGUGGAGGCCUUGUGAUAUGGAUAAUGGCUACAACCCCUUCCUCCGCUCCGACCAAAUCGGCAUCGCAAUCGGGCUCACCGACCCCGUCUUCCAAUCCCACUUCCAACGCAAACACCGCUGCCCCAUAGACCAAAACCUCAGCGCCGCCGCCGCGGAAUGGACCCGCAUCGUCUUCCCCGGCGCCGAACACUCCCUCUCCGACAUCGCCUUCCUGCGCGAACACUGGGACGGCCCGAUUGUGCUGAAAGGGAUACAAAGCCCGGAUAACGCGCGGCAGAUCGCGGAGUCCGGGCUCGUGGAUGGAGUUGUGGUGAGUAAUCAUGGCGGCCGCCAGGCUGAUGGGGGGAUUAGCUCGCUGGGGGCGUUGCCGGGGGUUGUGGCGGCUGUUGAGGCGGUGAAUGCUAGGAAGGGGGGUGAGCGUGGGUAUAGGAAGGUAGAGGUUCUGUUUGAUUCGGGGAUUCGAUGUGGAGCGGAUAUCGCGAAGGCGAUGGCGCUGGGGGCGAAGAUGUGUCUUGUGGGACGGCCGUAUGUGUAUGGGCUUGCGCUGGGAGGGGAGGAGGGCGUUGCGCAUGUGUUGAGGAGUUUGCUGGGGGAUUUGGAACUUACGCUGCAUCUUUCGGGGAUCAGGGGCGUGGGGGAGGGGGAGUUGGAUAGGGGUGUUCUUGUUAAGGAGGAUGAGCUGUUUAGGGGGGUGUGA